GUCGUCUCCAGCGCACCUGAAGGCGCCAUUUUGAAGGGUCUCAAUUACAUGAAGGAUGGCAAGGACCCAGUGGCACUUGCCGACGAAGCCUAUCCAGAAUGGCUCUGGAAGAUCAAUGAUCCCGAGGUCCGUGCUGCCAGAAUUGCGGAUCCCUUGGACAAGAAGCAUCACAAGGAGGCAAGGAGACAGAGGAUCAAGGCCGAGAACUUCAUCCGCGACAGAAAGACGUAA